AUGCUUCCGGAAUUGUACUGUAAAGCCUUUCUGGUGGAAACGGAGAUGUAGGCACAGCAAGUUCUGACAGACUGCCGCUGGCUCGAGCGACCUGCCGUGCCUCUUACAUCCGGGUGCUGUGGCACAGGUCGGUGGCCGGUCGCUCGCUCGCUCGCUCGGCGCAGCCGCCGUUGUCGCCGGGCAGUGGGAGCUGCUGCUGGAACACAGCCGCUCUCGCGGCAUGCCUGGGCUGCUUCUCGCCCCCGCGGGUCGGUAACUGCCGCGAGGUGACCCUCCGAAGUACGCGUCGCCGCCUGCCUGGGGAGUAGAGUGCUGAGCAUCUUGUGGAAAAAAAAUGGGAGCUUUUCUAGAUAAACCAAAGAUGGAAAAACAUAAUGCUCGUGGUGAGGGAAACAAUCUACAUUAUGGACUGAGCAGCAUGCAAGGCUGGCGAAUUGAGAUGGAAGAUGCGCACACAGCAGUUAUUGGCCUGCCACAUGGACUUGAUGCAUGGUCAUUCUUUGCCGUCUAUGACGGGCAUGCCGGAUCCCAAGUUGCUAAAUAUUGCUGUGAACAUUUGUUGGAUCACAUCACUAGCACCCAAGAUUUCAAAAUCGCUGAUGAUCUGACAGAGCCUUCUGUGGAAAAAGUAAAGAAUGGAAUUCGUACAGGAUUUCUGCAGAUAGAUGAGCAUAUGCGAACAAUCUCUGAGAAAAGGCAUGGUUCAGACAGAAGUGGGUCAACAGCGGUGGGAGUCAUGGUUUCACCCAAGCAUAUUUACUUCAUCAACUGUGGAGACUCACGAGGAUUGCUCUGUAGGAAUGGGCAGGUUCAUUUCUUUACACAGGAUCACAAACCAAGUAAUCCACUGGAAAAAGAGCGCAUCCAGAAUGCUGGUGGCUCAGUGAUGAUUCAGCGUGUGAAUGGUUCCCUUGCUGUUUCAAGAGCUCUUGGAGACUUUGACUACAAGUGUGUGCAUGGGAAGGGACCAACAGAGCAGCUUGUCUCACCAGAACCUGAAGUUUAUGAAAUCGAAAGAACAGACGAUGACCAGUUUAUUAUCCUAGCAUGUGAUGGGAUUUGGGAUGUCAUGGGGAACGAAGAGAUCUGUGAAUUUGUUAAAUCCAGACUAGAAGUUAGUGAUGACCUUGAAAAAGUUUGUAACCAGAUUGUUGACACAUGCCUGUACAAGGGGAGUCGAGACAACAUGAGUGUUGUUUUGAUUUGCUUUCCAAAUGCACCAAAGGUGUCGCCAGAAGCAGUGAAAAGAGAAGCUGAGUUGGACAAAUAUCUGGAGAGCAAAGUGGAAGAAAUCUUUGAGAAGCAGGGUGCUGAGGGGGUGCCAGAUGUAGUCCACAUGAUGCGUGCUUUGUCGUCGGAGAGCAUCCCAAACCUCCCACCGGGAGGUGAACUGGCCAGCAAGCGGAGUGUUAUUGAAGCAGUUUACCACAGACUGAAUCCUUGUAGGGCUGAUGGUUCUGGAUUGUCUAGAAAUUUCUGCAUUUUUGGGCAGUCCAGACUUUAAAGGGUUAUACUUCUUCUCUUUAUCAAGGAGUCGUCAUUCCCAGAUGACAGGCGGUAGCAGCCAACCAGGAUGAUUGCAUACAUCCACAAGCAAGGCCAUCAAGUAUCCAUGAAUCACGGGUCUUCAAAAGGUUGUUCAAUAUUGUGAGAAGAGUUCAAAAAGGAUGCUAAUGCAAUACCAAAAUUCAGUAACCAGCAAUGAUUCAGCAAGAAUGUGAUUUGUUUGGUGGCUGAAAAUAUGCAUGAUUGAAUUAUUCUUACUACAAAUUGGGCAGUUUUGAUUUAAUCGCAUUAACAUGGAAGUGCAAUUAUGUCUUUUUAAAAAAAGAGAUCUAUUUAGUGGAAUAUGACCUCUUUUAAAAGUGUAUUGCAUAGAAGACUUGAUGUCCCUAUCUGACAUAGUAAUGGUUGAGUAUCCAAUCACUCAAAAGAAGAAUCAAUCAAGAAGAAUCUUGCAUCUGACUCUUCACAACAUUGAAUCGAUUUGACUAACAGUGAACUUGUAAAUGCUCAUCUCAUUUAUUGAUUAUAUUAUGGAUCACACUUGUAUCAUAACAUUACUGUGGACUUUUUAAAAGCUGACACUAUCCUUUUGUGCAAAGUGAUUUAUUGGUCAUUACACAUUGGUAUAUUUCUAAUUUUGUAGCAAUUAGCAAAGUUGAUUUUCUUUUUAAGUGGCAGAGUGAUCUGUGGAAAAUUCGUUAUGUACAAGACUUGCACAACAUUGUAUCACCAUUUAGUUAUAAAAUACAAUGCUUUAGUGCUUCUCUGACAUCUUCCCAUCUAUGUAAAUUGUUAAGUAGUUAAUGUUACUUGAGAGGCUUAAUCAUUUGUUUAUCUUCGGCCAAGUUAUCAAAUCAGUAUGAUAGUAAUAACUGAUGAAGUAUGCUGGUUGUAGUAAUAGAGUCACUGGGUCCUGUCCUCUUUCUUUCAAUAUGAAAUGGUCUUCCAUUAUGUCUUUAUUCUCCACCUAUUUUUAAUGAAUAAUAAUUCUGGUACUGUUAUUGGCUUGAAUGAUUCAGUCAGCACUGGAUGGAAGUUUACAAACACAAGGAUAGGAAAUGAAAUAUUUUCUUAGGAUAAUUCAAAGUACUGAAUAGGCUUUAGUUUCAUCAAUCAUCAGAUUAAUCUUUUAAUCUGGUUAUUUUUCCAAUACAGUGGUGGAAGUGCCUUUAUAAAAUCAGCAGGAAUGAGAAAUAUUGCACACUAUUAAAUUACUUCUAUUUCUAUAAUGAUGGCUAAGAACCCAUAGCAGGAUAUACUAUAGUAGUCUUUAGUGUAUCGGUAAAGGACAAAUGACACUUCAGGAUUAGCACAGGCUAGCUUGCUUUAUCUUCCAAGUAAUUCACAGAACAGAUAUUUCAAUGCUGCUGCUAAGUUUAUUUGUAUUUAAUGCUCGAUUAUCAAAAUUUGGUAACAGGAUUACUUUCUCAUUUGAAACCAUUUAUUAACUAUUUUCCAAAAAUAGAGAAUAAAGCAAAGGCCGAUGAAAAAUAUUUCAAGUGGGAAGUGUUAUUUAAAUCCAUUGUCCUGGGGGCAUGUAGAUUUUAAUUGUUUGGUUGUUAAAUUGUGCAGUGACAGUAAACGACUUGGAGAGUUUUCUGAUUUAAGUAAAUGGAAAAGAAUGUAUUAUUUCAAGAAUGGAUUAUAUACACAAAAAAUAACCAAUUUAAAGUAUAAUGCGACAAUCAAAUGAGCUUCCAAUUUUAUUCAUAGUCUUUGUAUCUUGUGCAUUGGAUUCCUUUGAUCUAUUCAAAGCAAAUUUCUUUUUGUAAUUCUUGAAAUUUGUAUUAUACAGAGUUUAAGCAGAUUGGAAUUCUAAAGAUGAUUUAAAAAAAGGCUUUAUUUUUAAUGUAUUUUUAGAGUAGUGAUAUCUUGUUAUGAAAGACUCAGUAAUCAGUCUUGAGGAUGUUUAUUUUAACUUUUUAUCAUGGUGGCUAUAAUUUUGCAAUAAGUUGCAAAGAAAAAUGUGCUGAAAUGCAUAAAUUUUCCUCCCUAAGUGUUGAAACUUCAUAGAGCAUAUAUUGUCAAAUUAUUAAUUGAAGUUGCUUUAGAAGUGACAUUUUAAUCCCUCUCUCAUUUUUCCUUAAGUUGUGUGGUCCAGAUGCAUGUUUAUUGUAAGGCAUUACAGGAUUUUCAAAUCCAUGUAAUUUUCAACAACAGCCAGUAAUGCCAGAGUAAUUCUGCAUAGUGUGGACUUGACAGUUUUUCCCCAUUACUGUGAUGAAUUUGAAUAGGCUAUUAAACUCAGUCUCUCUAAUUAAAUUGAAUCUAGUAGUAUGUUGUUAGAGCAGCCACCCCAAGUAACAAAUUGCCUUUUCACAAUAUUGUGAUUUCAGUAGGUUCAUUAUUUUAUUUGUGCAAUUUGUAGUUAUAGACUUGGGAUAAUAAACAUUACUCCUGAAGUAAUAUUUAAUUGUUUUGUACGAAAAAUUAAAAGGUGUCUAUAAGCUAUUUAUAUGAAAUGCUCCCUUAGGUAGAACACAAGUUUUAAGACAAGGAUGGUUGAUACUGAUCUUACAAAUUUUUUAAAUAAACUAAAAGGAUAUUGCACAGGUUUUAUUAAUUCCAAUGGCUUGGGAAUAAUUGUAUAUCCUAGAGUUAGUUAUUGCUGGGCUGGAAUUUUUUGUUUUUAGUAUUGACUCAGUGAUGACAUGCUUUUUGCAUUUUUUUCCAUUUUUCAAUUUCAAAAUUGGUUAAAAUUCAUGGAUUGAAUGAAAAAUUAAGUGAAUAAGAUAAAUGAACUUUACGUCUCUGACUAAUAAUAAUGAUUGGAUUUGAAAUCUUCUUGGACCUAUUUUAGAGGAAUGUGCAUAUGAAGAUUGGCCUUAACUUCUUUUAAGAAGGUAAGGAGGUUAUUUAUCUUUGCAAUUUGUUCAAAUAAGCAGAGGAACUGAAGCGAGUUUAUUUACUAACAUGCCAGGAAAUGACAUUAGCAUUGAAAGUAAUCCUGUUAGUUACAAUGUUCUGAUGUGUUUUGUUCACUGCGACAGUUGCUGCUUGGUUGAAUACUGGAGGCCAUUCAUGGUUUAUGUAAGGUGAUACAACUUUGGAGUGAAAUUCUUCAUUAUUCAACCACUUCAUUUUCUCUAAUAUUAUUGUACUCAUUUUGUUCUUUCAAACCAUUGAAGUCUCCACUUUUACUCUUCUGUUUUUUUCCAUCACAAGACCUCUGACCAGGGACAUACUGGAUAAUCCAUGUGUUUAGAAAUCAUGUGCAACUUUCUGGAAACAAGUAUAAAUUCCAGAUUGUUCCUGUGCUGGUGUGAGGUGUUAUCAUUUGUGGGAAAAAUCACAGUGGGGUUUAGGGUGAUUUUUUUGCUUUUUGUACUUAAAACUGAAAAAUUCCAGCCCUAGCUUUUAUGAAUUUUGAUCCUUUACACUUUUCAACUUCAGAUUUCAAAUUAAAAUUAGAUUAAGGUUGAAUUUUGUAAUGGGUAUCUCCCAAGUGAGCUGCCCAUUGUACAAUGUGACAAAUUCGGAAAUUCUGGUCAGUGUCAUUAGUAGAGAUAUUCAAGAUAUCAUUUGACUUUUUCAAGCCUGUUUUAUUCACGAUAUUGCUGCUAUGUUUCAGUUAAAACUAGUUUAAAUAUAUUUUGAUAAACUAAUUAGAGUCACUAUUGCCAUUGAAUUUAAAAAGGCAUCCGUUAGUCUUGCGAGACCAUGGAUCUGCGCCUGGAAAGUCUUCACUCUACAGGGCGCAGGCCUGAGCAAGGUUGUAUGGAAGACCGGUAGUUGCCAUGCUGCUCUCCACGACACCGAUGUUGUCCAAGGGGAGGGCAAGGGCCAAUACAGCUUAGCACCAGUGUCGUCGCAGAGCACUGUGUGGUUAAGUGCCUUGCUCAAGGACACAACACGCUGCCUCGGCAGGGGCUCAAACUCAUGAUCUUCAGGUCGCUAGUCGAAUGCCUUAACCAUUUGGCCACUUGCCAUUGAAUUAUAACUCUUUAUUUUUUCUGAAAAAGGAUUAGUGCUUUCCCGGCAUACAUGACGAAUAAACUCUUCUCGGGCUUCCAGAGAGUUAGAGGUAUUGGUUAUAACUGUUUCGAUGACCAACUCUGCCAUCUUCAUCAGAGAUGAUGGCUGGGCAUGUCUAGUGUGGUGGUAUUAUUUCCCUCCAUAGUCUGUCCCUCCUGAUUGGUUAGUCCUCAUCCAAUCAGGUUUCCGCUCUCACACCUUGUUACAAUCGAAUGCCAGCUCUUAGAGCGAGACCUUUGUGCUUGUUAAAAUUCUUUUCCUCUAUUCUUAUUUCAGUGGCUUCCUUUACCAGGUGGUCGCAAAAGCCGUUAGCAUGGCACAGUAGUUUUGUGUUGUCAAAGUCAAUCUUAUGGCCAUUGCGAAUGCAAUGUUCUGCUAUAACAAAGUUGAAAGAGGCAUUAACGAAGCCAUCUUUGUCAAACUGGAAAACCCAUCACUGAACAGGGGCAGGGUACAACACCACCUAGCAGCUCGUUACAAUGCAGUCUUAACAUCUCUACCCUGGCAUCUCCAGAACAGUUCACACCUUCAUUCAUGCAAAGAUAAGACUAAUGACCCUCUCAUUACCUCAAUGACUUUUAACGACUGUCAUGUGAUUGCUAUACCUUUAAUGAACUCAUAGAGUUUAUAAACCAGAAAACUUCCCACCAUGGAUCAGAACUGAAGAAGCCUCUUGGAUGAGUGGCAAAACAUCUUUUAUACAACACAGCAAGUUCAGUUGCCUUGAUUUACUUUGAUAUACAAUGACCUAGAUGACUGAGAACCUCCAUAGACAAUGUUUUGCUACACCGAUUUCUCUGGUUAACCCAAACGGGUACACCUCCUGUGCUCCUUGAUGUGGAUUUCCACUGUGUCCCCCAUCUGGCCGGUACACAACUCUGCACUGACAGGGAAUCCUGUGAACGCUAAAACGUAACAGAACAUUGCAUUCACGGUAGCCAUAGGAUUGACUUCGAUGGCACGAAACUACUGUGCUAUGCCAAUGGCUUUUGGGAC